UAAACAACAAAUUCAAUGGAUUUUAUGUUGUACUUUACGGUGCUUAAAGUACUGAGUUCAGAGCAUAGAUUUGAUCUCUUGAUUUCAGUGAAGGCCAGAGGCUGUGGACCUCCCCCUGAAAUUACCAAUGGAAAUAUUGCUGGUGGCUCUGAGGAACAGUAUCAACAUGGGGACAGAAAGCAGUAUGAGUGUAACAUGGAAUUCAAAUUGGUUGGAUCAAAGGAAAUAGAAUGUGUUGAUGGACAGUGGUCACCUCCUCCCUCUUGCAUUGAAGACAAAAUGCCCUGUGAAUCACCUUCCUCUAUUCCAAAUGUUGCUCUACAUCAGGCAGACCAGACCCAGUUUUCACAUGGUGAUGAAGUAACUUGUGGAUGCUCUGACAAUUCUAAGCAAAUGAAAAUAAAAUGUUCUAAUGGAGAAUGGAAACCUUUUCCUCUUUGUGCUGAUCCAUCUCCUAAGUGUGAACUUCCAAUGGGUGUUGAGUUUGUAAGCUCUGGUCAACAUCCCAUGUCAAAAAGGAGGACUGGGUUUCAUAAAGUUAUACAUUACAGAUGUACAUCAGCUGACAAAAAUAUUAAACAGGCAACUUGUGUGUCUGGAAAUUGGACGCCAGAGAUUGAAUGCCCAGCUGAGGAGAGUGUGUGCCCACCUCCACCUCAGGUGCCUGGUGCUCAACAGACAACAGUUGGAAGAAAUUACAGGCAUGGGAGUAAAAUAGCUUUUUCAUGUGCCAAUGGUUUCCGGCUCAUCGGUGCAAAAGAAAUAACCUGCAUAGAAGGGAAAUGGCAAUCACCACCUCAGUGUGCGGAAAGACCAUGUUUGCCACCACAGCCUGUAGAAUAUGCUGAUACUCCAAGGCUGGAAAAUCCAAACUUAAAAAUUGAAAUAGAAGGGAAAUCAAUUUAUCUGACCAGUGCUAAAUUUAAGUAUGUUUGCCAUUCUGGAUACAUGUUAAAUGGACCAACUGAGAUAACUUGUUCUAUGGGAGAAUGGACUUCAGCUCCUGAAUGCUUGGAAAUGUCAUGUGGAAGGAUUCCAAAAGUUGCCAAUGCUCAGUUUGAAGGCAGAACCAAGAAAACUUAUGAGCCUGGUGAAACAAUUCGCUACCAGUGUAAUGCAGGGUUCCUGAUUGUUGGUUCCCCUGAAAUUAUUUGCAGAGAAGGAAAUUGGACAGCACCGCCCUUCUGUGAAGAUGUUAGCUGUGGACCCGCACCUGAAAUCCCCAAUGGUCAUGUUGCAGACAAUGAACAGGAGAGGUAUCUGCCCAGUGCCAGAGUACAUUAUCAGUGUGAAAGCAAUUUUCAAAUGACAGGUGGAAAUUUCGUCACUUGUUUAAAUGGUGAAUGGUCACAAGCACCAGUGUGCAGAGAUGUGACAUGUAAACCUCCUCCAGAAAUUGCUGGUGGUAGAAUUAAUAUUAAAAAGACAAAGUAUCUCCCUGGAGAGACUGCUAACUAUGACUGCUGGCAAGGUUUUAAGAUGACUGGGACUCCCACUGUAGUGUGCCAGAAUGGGACCUGGACAGAGCUGCCAAAGUGCAAAGGAAAAGGUGGGAAAUGUGGCCCACCUCCAACUAUUGAAAACGGAGAGCUUCUUUCCUUCCGGAAAUCAGAAUAUCAGCAAGGUACAACUCUGGAAUACAAAUGCCCAAGCCUGUACGUCUUGAAAGGAUCUCAGUAUAUCACUUGUACUGAUGGGCAGUGGUCAAGCCCCCCUGUUUGCCUAGUGGCAUGUACAGCAUCAGAAGAAGACAUGGACAGAAACAAUAUUCAGCUGAAAUGGUCCAGAGAAAGCAAGCUGUAUUCCACAUCGGGUGACUAUAUUGAAUUUGAUUGUAAAGCAGGAUAUGUGAAAGAGCAAGAACCUUCUCACUACAGAGUCAAGUGUGUGGAGGGGGUGUUGGAUUACCCACGAUGCAGACUGGGAAGGAGCUGUACAGUGAGUAUGGACCACAUGGAAAGCAACAAUAUUCAACUACAGUCACACCAAUCAAGAACUUCCACCUAUCACUCUGGGGAUUUUAUUCUCUUUGAAUGCAAAAGCGGGUACCGACAAGUUUCAAGAGCUGAGAAAUUUAGAGCACAGUGCCGGGAUGGAGUGAUUACAUAUCCUACAUGUCAAAAAUCGUGGUUUGGAUAAAUGGAAAUGGCAUGAAGGAGGCCAGCUGUAGAAAUAAGAGAGCCCUCAGCCAACCCAGUGAUUUGAGCUCAAUUUUUCCUGGUGUUUCCCAUUUGGCUGUGCUUUGUUUGCAGCUUAGCCAAUGUUCUGCCUUGGAAUUUGUUAUAUUAUUUUUAUGAUUGGAUGAUUGUGUUUGCAUAUUAUCCACAUUUUAUCCAUUUUUGUAAAUGUAUUUGCAUUUUGUCCAUCCAAAUGGCUGUGCUUGCAUUUUAUCCAUUCUGUACUGAUCUCACUGUUAUUUUUAUUAACCAUUAUGUCCUGAAAUAGGCUGAUUUUGGUGGCAUACUGAGACAAGAAUUAAAGCUCGUGAGUAAUUUGAUUGUCA